GUAACUCACGAAAGCUUAUGCUCAAAUAAAUUUUAGUUUCUAAGGUGCCACAAGUACUCCUUUUCUUAUUACUUCAGUAGUUUCUCCUGAUUUACAUAAUUGUAAAUGAAAUCAAAAUCAGAUCCUUUAUCUAAGUUUAUUGAACAUGAACAAUACUUAGUAUUGCUUUUUCAUGGUUAAACUAUUUUCUCAAGAUAGAUAAAAGCUUUAGUCCCUAAAAAGUUGACAAAUGCUGUAUAUGAACUGCCUAGAUAAAAUUGAAUGGUACAAAUCUGUUUAAAACUGUUUGCAAAGCUAUUAGUGGAGCUCUCAUACUGGUCAUUAAGAGGCUGAAAGUAGUAUCUUACUUGGAUUGGUUGACUUAAAAUCAAAAUCUGUAAUAAAUGCGAGCUAAAUGAUUAUAGAAUGUUUGGCAAGAGGCUAAAUUGACAAAUUAUUGGAUUUAUUUUUAGGAGAACCAGUUCACUCUGAGAAGGUGAAAUACAGGCAUACAGAAAUGAAAAUGACUAUAUAUAAAAUAAUUUCUAAUCCAUAAGAUAUGAACCUUGUAUAAAUGAUUUGACAAGUGCAAACUGUUCAGUAAAUGAGGCUACAACUUUAAUGAACAUCACAAAUAAUCAACUCUAGCAAAUUGCUAAUAGUCCUUCAACCAGCUAUGGGAGCACACCUGCACUUGUCCCCUGCCCUGUUAUAAAUGAAUACUUCCUAUUUUCUUCUAGUCUCUACCAUAUUAAGAAACUUCCACAUGUGGUUAUUGCUUCAAUGUAUGUAUACCCCCAAACAGCCAGAUACUGCUUCUAAUUCCCCCUGCAAACUUCACCUGAUGUCACAGGUGUAUGUUAGCUAAAUAGUCAGAGAAUGGGAAGGAGCUGAACCCAGUCCUAUCUCUUGCCCCUACUGCUCUUGUAAUUAAGCCCCCUGGUAUCUAGACCAAAGCCCAUCUGUGACCCAUGAUUGGUGCCAGCUACAUCAACCAGAGUGAAAACCAGGCCCCUCUGAGGUUGGGCACGCACAGGAUCAGAGUGUAGCUUGGGCAAGUUCCGGCAGGUGGGGAAGUGGUGAAAGAAGGGAUACAAAUUCUAUCUCCCUCAGGCAUCUUUCCUGCUACCCUGGUUAAAGUACAUGUGCAAAUUGGGUAUCUCAUGCAGAGGUGAAAGGAAAUUUUUUACACAGGUUUUAUUUAGGCACAUGUGUCUUCAUCCAUCACUUUCUUACCUCACAUGGCCAGACUGCAGACCAGACUCCAGUAUUACAAAACAGUGGUUUAUGUAAGAACCAAACAGGUGUGCUCCUAAUUUCUGGGGACAGAUAGCAGGAACCAUCCUUUUGUUCUGUGUUUGUACAGCAUCUAGCACAAUGGAAUCCUGGUCCAUGACUAGGGCUCCUAGGCACAGGAGUAAUACAAAUAAUACAUCAUAAUACUCUCAGCUGUUUUAUGCCUAGCUUAAUGCAUGCUGCUGGGAUAGCUAUGCAGAUCUGAAAGCAAUGAUAUAGGCAACGAGAGUCCUAGGAAGAGAGAGGUGCUGUGGCUGAUUAAUUUCCCGGGCCAGAGGAAACAUAGCAAUUUGGGGCUCAAUAAAAAUGUGUUGUUUUUUUUUCCUGUACAAAAAGAAAAGAAGGUUCAGUUAACUAUGACAUGACUGAGAGCAUCCUGCAGCCACAUUUCUUAUUCUGAAGGUGAUUCAAAAUACUGUGAAUUUGGAGUGUUCGAAAGCGUGUGGCCUAGAGUCAGGAAAGCUGUAAACAAAACCAGCUGCCAGGGUUAUGCAGUACAUGUGCUGAAGAUGUUUGCUUGAGGCAUGGGGCAAAGGGGUUUCUGUAAAUGGUACCAUGUCACAUCUGUGACACAUGUCUCAGACAUAUGGCCAAUUCCUUGUCUCAAGCCAAAAUGCUAUAUGUUUUCACGGAGAUUUCAAAAUGCUUUUAUAUCUUAACUUCACUGGAGGGGAUAUUUGUUUAAUUUCCUCCUCUUCUGAGUUGUUUCCCUAUAAAUAAGGUCAUUUUCUGUAAUCUUACUGUGAAAAACAUCAAAUGAGGACAAUUUGACUUCUGUUCAUUGAUUUUAUAGUUCCUUCUAAGAGGUCACCCUGCAUUUAUACAUAUAUAUAUUAUAGUGCAGGUGAUACAUAAUGCUGUUUCCUUGCUUGCAUCUAUAUAUAACCAUGAAUAUUCAUAUGCUAGUUCUGAUUUAGUAAGGGGAUAAAUCACAAUGAAAUUAUAUACACCCAUCAGGUGUGGUGUGCUGGUGAUAGUGGAAUCAGGUGAUAACUAUUUAUCCUGUUCUUUUAAUCACUGCUCCUGAACUCUGGCUACCAACUCUUCUCCCCUAGCAAUGAUUUUACGAAUCAGACCUUCUGAGCAGGUGCCACAGAAAUGCUCUCUCUUCCCCUCUCUUCCCCUCCAAUUGUGGAAUUCCCCUCUCACAAAUGACAGGUGCUUGAGAGCGAGGGUGGGUCACUUUCAGAGGUUCUCUUUCCCCGUCACCUGUAGGAAUCUUCAGUCCAGAGUUAGCCACCUAGGCCUCAUACAACAUGUGGGGAGAGUGAGAAAGGGAUCCUCAGAUGCCAGCAAGCCAAGGGUGGAGCUGCCAAAGCUAGCCAGGAACUAAAUGCCAAGGAGAGGGGAAUUGGAGCCUACACAGCUAGCCUGGCUGAUCCGUCUGCUCAGGAUCCUUAGCUGCAAAUGCUCUCCUGCAGUUAGGCACCUAAGCUAGGUCAGACGCUUUAGGUAGCACAUGCCCUAGCAGUUAAAACAGUCUCUCUCCUGAUCACACUCAAUACCUUUCUCAUAUUCGCCCUGCAUUUCCCUGUGCCAUUUUGUGCGAGUGCUGGGCUGCCCCCUGUGACGGGUUGGACCCCCUGGGAUGUCUCUGAGGCAGACUAUUCUGCCAGCCUGAGCCCGCUUUUACCUGGUCUUGCUGGGCUAGGCUCCCCUGCCUUUCCUAGCUAAGCACACAGGCAGGGCCACACCCAGCUGCACAGAGAGACAGGGAUCCUCUCUGAGAAGGCUCAGCUUAAGGGGCUUGCCACAGCACCCAGAUGACCUCUCUCUCUCUCUCACACACACACCCACACCUACACCCCCCAACCCAAAAUUAUAUGAAAUUCGUCUCCUCCCUCAAUGUGGAGCAGGGUAUGCACAACUUCUCUUCCUGCCCCCAUCCCCAUUAGAAAUCACAUAAACUGGUUAUACUGUAAACCAGAAAUACAUUUGUGAACUAUACCAGGUGUAUUUUAAAUAGUUAAGGAGGUAGCAGACAGAACAAGGCUGAUUACUAAGAAACUAGAGCACACAAACUCAGCUUAAUACACUAAAGAAACUGGCUACAUGUAAGUUCUCACCCUAAAUGUGGUUCUAAUAAUCUUCUUCACAGGUCAGUCGCCCUUCCAGCCUGGGUCCAGUUCUUCCCCCCAGUUCAUUCUUAGUUGUUUCCAGCAGUCAUUUUGGGUGGGGUAGCAGGGGAGAAUUGAUGACCUGGAUUACCUCACUCCCCACCCUUAAACAGGAUUUGCAUGAGGUGGUGUCCUUUAUUUCCUAGUUGCCCCUGCCCCCCAGCUUCUCAUGGAAAAGUACAGAAUUCAAGAUGGGUUCCAGUAUCAGGUGACAUGGUCACAUGCCUCUGUAGGGCCCCUGUAGCCAUUCUUCACAGGCUGACCCACAUGUUCACAUGGAGACUGGGCUCUUUUACAGUCCAUUGUCUCUUGCUGAUGGGCUAUCAGCACUGUUGGGCUUUUCAUUGUUGUACCUGAAGGGUUAGCAGGGGGCGUCACCCAAAAUAACAUAUUUGAAAUACAGAUACAUAGUCAAUAUUCCUAAUUUCAGAUACAGAAAUGAUACAUGUAUAGAAAUAGGAUAAUCUCAUUCAGUAAAUCGUAGCCUUUCCAGUGAUAUCUCAUAUGAUACUCUUGCAUGAAGUAUAUCUCAGUCAUGGCAUAUUCGUAUCAUAAGCAUGUUGUCAUAAAGAAUAUGGAAUGACAUGUCAGACCCCCCACUGGUGGCCUGCAUCUAAGCCUUUGGGUGUGGGGUCUGACAGGUCUCUGUGCUCUGAGCACGCCUUCAGGAUAGGGCCUGUGGGUGAGAUAAGUGUUCCCCAUCCUUGUUUGAAAAGCCUGCUUUGGGGCCUUCAUGGUUUCCACUUGAACUAGGGCUGUGUGCUGCACAUCAGCUGUGGGGUGGGAUUAGGGGCAUGUGGGGCAUUAGGACUUUUGUGGCUUUGUGAAUGGUGAUCAGCAGAAACCUAGGUGCCUGGAGUCCUAUUCGGUUAGGUGGCAGCAAAAAUGUCAAUGGUGAAUGGUGAAUUCAAGAGUCCUAGCGUGCGGUAGUGCGGCCUAGCUGAUAGAUCACUGGACUGGGCCCCAGGAGACCUAAGUUCUAGUCCUGGCUCUACCACUGGCCUGCUGGGUGGCCUUGAGCAAGUCUCUUCCCCUUGUUGUGCCUCAGUUUCCCCAUCAGUAAAAUGGUGAUGAUAUUGAUCUCCUUUGUAAAGCACUUUGAGAUCUAGUGAUGAGCUAGGGAUUAUUAUUAGUGAUUAGUCUCAUCACUAGAUAACACUUUCCCAUUACUUGGCUAAAAUUAGCCUGGUAUACAAAGGUGAAUUAUUUUACACUGAAGCUUCUUUUUAUCAUUCUAGUCAGUGUUACAUGCAAGAUCUGAAACAACAAUAUGCUGUGCUGGGCGCUUGUUCCUGGUGCUGGGCUGCGGCUGUCCUUGGUGUUGUAGCUGGGAUUUUGGUGCUGUCUCUCAAUUUAAAAGCACUGUGUUUAAUGUUCAUUGGUUGCCAUAGUUCCCAGGGUUUCUCACAGUCAAUAGAAGAGAGAUUUCUGAGAGAGCCAUUUAACUGAUAACCUUAGUCUGGUGUUUGGCAUAUAGCACUCACUGACCAUAUUUUGUGAUUCUCUGUAGUAACUGCGAUACAUUUCCCUCUUUGGAACAAAGCCUGGUCUCUCUCUUAUUAGCACUGUGUGUUUAACAAUAGCAGUUAUACAUGGGGGAUCAUUUCCUGUGUGGGUCAGGAGACUCUUCUUAGUUUGCACUUAUUCUAGACACCUGUCAGGGGUUAGAAUUUAUCUUUGCUUUAUUUGAUAAAGACCUUUCUUAUCUUUCUGCGUCAAAGACACAUACAGGAACUGAUUGAACAAGCAAACAUCCCCAAUCACUUUCUCUUCCCACCCAUUGAGUUUAUUCUGCCAGUAGCCUCCCGCUGCCAGCAGCUGAGGACUUUGGGUUUUUUUUUUCAUCUCCCAGAACAUCUCUGCGGGCAAAGAGAAAAAUCUGAAAGAUCUGGAAAAUGCAGCAGACUGAUGGCAGCUUGAAGAACAGAGUAUGGCCAUUCCAAGAGAACAACCUGUCUUUUGAAGAAUCAGCCAAGAGUUAAAGGCACCAGGUCUUAUUUUUUUUUCUGCUGAAACCCCAUAAAGUAUUGGGUCCUACUCUUUCAGUCCAGACUUCAGCUGCACAUUUCCUUCCAGCUUGGCUUUCUCUGUGGUGGAGUCAAUAUAGACUGUGGAGUCAGUUAAGCCUCUUGGAGCCAAUGUGUCUCCCAUCCUCACUUCCUAAGGAAGAUGAGCCACAUCUUUUAUGCAGUGUUACAUUCUCUCCUGGGCUUCUUCAUCCCCUCAGCCAACCUGCUGGUAAUUGUGAUGGUCUACAAACUAAUGAAGAAGCAGCAGGGAAGAAGCUACAUCUUCAUCCUCAACCUGGCUGCUGCAGACCUGCUGGUGGGAGUGAUGUGCAUUGCAGAGGCACUUGAUAAUAUUCUGGAUGGAGACUUUGACAAGAAUUUAUCCUUUUGUCUCUUGCGAAUCUGCAUGAGCAUGACACCUUGCAUUGGCUCCAUUCUCACCUUGCUUUUGAUUUCCCUGGAUAGAUACUUGGCAGUGAAGCGCCCCCUUUAUUAUCCUACCCUCUUGAACAAAAAACCCGUGGUCUUCUCUCUCACCAUCCUCUGGGCUGUCUCCAUCUUGUUUGGGCACAUACCUUUGAUUUCUCCCUCCCUGCAGCAAAGCAACUACACGGGUUACUGUGGGCUCCUGUAUGCAGCCAAGAGUGACUACCUAUAUGUGACCUGCUUUGGGAUCUUCAUCCCUUCCUUGUUGGUCAUGAUCUGCCUGCACAUCUCAAUGGGGAGGAUUGCCUACUCGCAGCACAAACGAAUCAGGCGCGCCUGCCUGCAAACAGAACCCUUCACUGCUCAGCUCCGCCACUUCAAGGCACUGCGGACAGUACUUAUAAUGAUUGUCAGCUUCACCACCUGCUGGGGACCUUAUUACCUGGCAGGCUUUGUGCAAGCUACUUGUGACUCCUGCAACCUGGCUCACCCGAUUGCAGAUGUCUUAUUCCUGCUGGGAGAAAUCAACUCCCUCAUCAACCCCCUCAUCUAUGCUCUGUACUGCAAAGAUAUAAGAAGUCAGCUGCCCAAACUGAUGAAGUUCAAGAAGAAAGGCCAAGUAAAGCCUCUGGCUGUGGUUCACUUUAAUAUCCAAGCCCUUGAUGGUUUAUCCAAUGGAGAGGCUAAGAGACCCGAUUCAUUUGGGGUUCAAAUCCCCAAUACUACUUUCUUCAACAGUUCUAACCCCUGCAAAAUAGUCUUCUCAGUGUCAUGAUCCAAAGCAGAAGAGAAGCUCUGCAUGAACCACCAGUGAAGUGGAAUGUGAGACUGACAGUUUUCUAGCGUAACAACCAACCAACCUCCUGGACAUGGAGCAUGUUGACUGGUAUCCAGAUUUACUACUUUCCCUUUUGUCCUUCUCUGUGUAAAAGGUAGCUGAGCUGGCUGGGGAAAAAAAUCAAAACUUUAUGACACAAAAUGGUGGGGGUAUUGUUUUUUAAAAAUAGCCUGUAACAGUUCUGUUUGGACAAUUAAACUCUGCAAUACUUUACUACCAGUGUUAUAAACCUGAACAUACCCUGAGCUGCUGUGCACUCUUGUUCCGACCUGGGUAAAUCAGGAGUAACUUCUUUUGAAGUUAUGUAUUCAUCAAGGGCAGUUACACACAGGAUCAUUUCCUGUGUGGGCCAAAGAGACUCUAUUUGCACUUGUUUAGAAACCCAGAGGCAGCAGGUUAUUACUUUAUCUUUACUUUGUUUGGUGAAGUCCUUUCGUAUCUUCCUGUGCCAGCCACAUUCUGUGAAUGAGUGAACCCGUCAUCCUACCCAGCGGCUGUCACCAAGUGAAAGCCAGAUCAGUCAGGCUCUGAAUUUCCUCUGUAUCAAAAUAUAUUGUGCAUUAGCUAAACAACACAAUUCUGCUUUACCAUAUGUAAAUAUAUAUUCCUGAGCUUUUAAAAUAUAGCGGUGGUCAGAGGGCAGUGGCCCAAAGUUGCAGCCACCUAUCAAGUGACUGGCUGAUGGUUUAUGUGACUUCAGCUUGAGCCAAGUAGUGCUCAGUGGAUUAGUGUCCAUAUCAAACAGGCCACCAUAACGAAUGCCAUUUGGCAAUCUUUGUUGGUCAUCUCAGCAAUGGGGGCAAGAAUCAGGUGGGUAUGGAGCCUGAAUCAUCACUAUUAGAAAUCCCUCCUAGUUAAGGGUAGGAAUGCACUUGAAGGACAAAAUAGGAAAGCCUGCACUGUUGCUACCGGUGUGCAGAGAAUGUGGUUAAGGCACUGGACUGGAACUUAGGGGGGACCUGGAUUCAGUUCCUUGCUCUUUCAUUGACAUUUUGUGUACGAGAGACCUUGGGCAAGUCGCUUAAUCUCUGUGUGCCUCAUUCCCCAGCUGUAAAAUGGGGAUAUUAAUGCUUCCCUUCUGCAUGCCGCUGAUAGGGGUGUGAAGAUAAGUCCACAAAAUCCUUUGUGGGCUCAGCCACUACAGUGAGGAGGGGACAAAACAAACAAGACAUCUAGCCCCUGGCCAACUUUUCUCUUUUUAACACAAGGCAAACAGCAGCAGGUCGUCUUCGCAUACAUGUUUUGGUGGUGGAAGUUUAUCAGGCUGCCUUACCUUUGAAGGAAAGAAGGUGUGGGGGGGGGGGAAGAGUUAUAAAAUAUUUAUAUUUAGAACAGCAAUCAACAGUUCCUCGAGGAUCAAAACUCACAGGAGCAGAGAGAAACAUGACAGCAAAACUUGCAAGCUACAGGUGCCCAUCAGCAAAGCUAUACCCAGCAAUGGGAGCAUAAGCCUGGCUCCCCCAUCCAAACCUGUGAGGGGGAGGUGCUCUCUUUCUCGUGAUAGGUUGCAUGUUCGGUUCUCCUGCUAACUAAAGACUUAAUUUGCUGUUCUCAUUGCUGGCUUGUGAUAUUAGAAACAAUGUGAACCAUGUAAAAUGCUCAGUGAUUGAAAUAAAAUAUUUGAAACAAAUUAAGAUGGAGAUGGCCCUCUGCAUGUAUCUUUCCUGAC